AUGUAUCUCACAGUAGUAUCGACAUUCUUGACCCUUCUAACCACAGCCCACGCCACCCCCGCCUGGUCAGCCGGGCUUCCGCGCGGGACACAUGCACCACCACCAAAGAGCUCCGAGUUCACCCUCGCCAUGAACAUGAGCGGCUACCUCGUCCCCCUGACCGCCGCCUACUUCGAGAGCCGAGCAUACAAGAACACGACCGUCUCGGACGAGAAGGACCCCUUCCACGACGCGGUGAUCCUGGACCUCACCGACGACCCCUACGUCGCCGCGCCGCCGGGCGUGUACGGGCUCGCCGUGGCCGACCCGGGCGGAAGCCACGGUUUCGCGAGCGAGGUCAUGGCUACCAUUGACCAGCAGCACUUUGACUUUUUGAUCGCCGAUGGACAGGUGGGCCACAAGAUGACGUCCGCUGCCCAGGCGUGGUUCGCCUGCACGCGCACCAUCGAGGGGGUGAGGGGGGCUUUCCUCAGCUGGGGCACGUAUGCGGCUAACUAUUCGGCGCCGUAUGGGUGCCACUCGACAAGCUUCGUCAUCCAGGUCUCUAAUCUUACCCGGCGGGCUGGUUCGCGCUGGCCCUAG